GAAGAAUUUCAAGAUGAAGAACUUGAUGAAGAACUUGAAGAAUAUGAAGAACUUUCUGAAGAUGAAGAGUACAAUGAUGAAACACUUGCUUCCACUAUUAUCCGAGAAAUCCAAGAUGGUACUUAUAUCUGUUUGGUUUGUACUGGGGAGAUCGAUCAGCACUCUCAAGUAUGGUCUUGUGACGAAUGCUACAGAGUGUAUGACCUUGAUUGUAUCAAGGACUGGGCACUUCGUGGUUCGUCAACUGACAAGACUAGUAAGCAAUGGAGAUGUCCAGCUUGUAAUGUUGCUAUUAAGAAUAUCCCCUCUCGCUUUACCUGUUGGUGUGGAAGGGUUGUGAAUCCACAUGCUAACCCUUUGUCUCCGUUCAGCUGUGGCAACUCCUGUAACAGUCAAUAUGAAAAUUGUGUCCAUUCUUGUAGUUCCAUUUGUCAUCCUGGUGCCCAUCCGAUUUGUGGUGCAAUGGGACCCUUAAUGAAAUGUCAAUGUGGGAAAGAAGCCAAACAAGUGCCUUGCUUAAUCACUCCAUACGAAACUGGCUGGAACUGCAGUAAUCCCUGUGAAAUUGUAAUUUGCGAUUUGAAGCACAAAUGUAAACGUGGAUGCCAUUCUGGUUUCUGUGGAGUUUGUGAAGAGAGCGUAUCUCUCAAAUGUUACUGUGGAAAGGAAGACUUGCAAUUGAGCUGCCACGAAAAACAACUUGAAGAAUGCCACGACUCGGAAGGUAAUUCAUGGAUUGGUGGAGGACGUUGCACCAAGAAGACGCGGGUGUACUACAACUGUAACAACCAUUAUCGGGACUUAGAGUGUCAGCCUCUUCCACAGCAAGUCGAGAUCUGCAGACUUGAUCCCUCGCAAGUCGAUACCUGCUACUGUGGAAAGACGCAUGUAGAGGCAAAAGGUAGAACGAACUGUACUGAUCCAAUUCCGCAAUGUGAUUCACGCUGUGAUAAGGUGUUACCUUGCGGCUGUCAUUGUCUAAUGAAAUGCCAUCCUGGUCCAUGCGAAUGCUUUUCUAAGAAGGACAUCAAGUGUGCCUGUGGCCAUGAGACGUUUUCUGUAAUGUGUAGAUUCAUUCAGGAGGGUUACCAACCCAAGUGUAAACAUAAGUGCUCUGUUCUUUUGAAUUGCAGAAAGCAUUAUCACCGUGAGCAGUGUUGUCAGUAUGAACAGGUAGCUCUUAAACGAGAACGAGACAAGAAGAAGGCAAUCAGAAAUAAUACCAGAUCGAAUUUUAACGACGAGAUAAUGACGAUGGAAGCUAUACAUAUAUGUAUGAAGACAUGUAAUAGAUUGAAAUCUUGCGGCCAACAUUACUGUGAAGCAUUGUGCCAUCCUGGGCCAUGUGGAGUUUGCUACGAAUCCACCAACGAAGACUUGGUGUGCAAUUGUGGAAAAACUGUUCUUCCAGCACCAGUUCGUUGUGGAAGCAAACUUGUUUGCCAUGAGCAGUGUGUUAGGCCCAAAGCUUGUGGUCAUCGUCCAGAACCUCAUGAGUGUCAUGAGGAUGCUGUAGCCUGUCCUAAGUGUACUGCUUUAGUUGCUAAAGAAUGUAAUUGUGGAUUGAAGGCAGAUAUUCCUGGUAUUCUCUGCUCGCAAGAAAAUGUAUCUUGUGGCUCCAUUUGCACUGUUGCUAUGCUGUGUGGACAUCCUUGUCUCAGAUCCUGUUCUUCUCGUUGUACCAAAGAUAACAUUCAUAACAGUUCAUCCCUCUGCAUGGCUCUCUGCAAGAAGGUCAGAAAGAAUUGUCCGCACUUGUGUAAAAUGAAAUGCCAUGCCAAUAAAGUCGGCAAAAGCGCUAAUUGUGAUAUUACCAGAUGCACAGAGUUGGUCCAAGUGACAUGUGAAUGCGGUCGUGUCAAGAAGAAAGUGCCUUGUGGAAGUACUGUAGAAAAUUCUUCUCUCAUUGGAAGUACUCUUGAAUGCGACGAAGAAUGUAUCAAAUCUAAGAGAGACACCGAGUUGCGUUCUGCAUUCAUGGCUAACAAGGUGAAUGAAUUGAAACAACAGGAUAUCGAAAAGGCAGCGUUCAACGCCUUGAUCAUCCAAGACGUCUUUUUCGGCAUAGUGAAGGACGACUUGGAGAACGAGUUGAACAAGUAUCUCGAAAAGUUUUCCAAUAAGGAACCGAAAUUUCAGUGGCUCAAGGAGUCUACUUUCAUCUUUUACUUUAAUACAACCUUCGAGAAAGUGACGCCAGAAGACGAAAACGAGUUGUAUUUGUUGCUGAAGACGUUGCGGAAGGUGCUUCGUGAGAAGUCAUUGGCCUUUGACUGUAAGUUGUGCUCUAUAGACGAAAGUGCUACCUACGUUCUCAAGAUUGAUAACGUCGCCAGUACCCCAACGAGAGAAUCGACCCCUCAGCCUGUCAAGAGUAUGAACUCGUUUGACUUGCUUGCAGAAGAGAAUACCCAAAUAGAAGUCUAG